AUGGCCUGGUUCAGCCUCCACCUGCUGCACCUCCUGUGGGCGGCGGCGGGGACCGGCACCUGGGCCCGAAGCUCGUGCUCCGUUCCCCAGGCGGCGCAGCACCUGGUGGAUGGCUUGCAGGUGCUCCUGGAGGACUCCGUGAGCAGCGCGGCGCCCCCGAACCCCAGCGUCCUGAUCGCCAUGAACCUGGCCGGGGCCCUCAGCGCGGAGGCCCGCGAGCUGCUGGCCGACAGGCUCGGGGCCGGCGACUCGGCCGGGCUGAGCGUCGGCCAGCUGGCCCUCACCAUCAUGGCCCUCAACUCCUCCUGCCGAGACCCCGGGAAUAAAGUGUCGGUUCUAUAUGGACAGAUGGAAGCCUGGCCACCUUCGAGCCCCGGUGCUCCGGCUUUGACCUUCUACGGGCCCAGCCUGGCGGUGCUCGCCCUGUGCCAGGAGCACCCGGGGAGGGCCCUGCCCGUGGCAGCCCGCCUGGCCAAGAUCCUGGCAGCCGGCCUCUCCCCCUUCAAUACGGACACAGGAGCCAUGGUGACUUUGGCUCUGACUUGUAUGUACAACAAGAUCCCGGAAGGUUCAGAGGAAGGUUACAGAACUCUGUUCAGUCAGGUACUAAAGGAUGUCGUGGAGAACAUCAGCAUGAGGAUCAAAGACAAUGGCAUCAUCGGAGACGUCUACAGUACCGGCCUCGCCAUGCAGGCUCUCUCUGUGACACCUGAGCCACCUAAGAAGGAGUGGGACUGCAAGAAGACCAUGGACACGAUACUUAAGGAGAUUGAGCAGGGGAAGUUCCACAAUCCCAUGUCCAUUGCCCAAAUCCUUCCUUCCCUGAAAGGCAAGACAUACCUGGAUGUGCCCUAUGUGUCCUGCAGCCCUGGUCAUCAAGUGCAACCCACUCUCCCCAGUCAACCCAGCCCCGUUCCCACCUCGGCAUCCAACAUCACCGUCGCGUACACCAUAAAUAACCAGCUGAAGGGGGUGGAGCUGGUCUUCAAUGAAACCAUCGAUGUUAGCGUGAAGGAUGGAUCCGUGCUCCUUGUUGUCCUAGAGGAAGCACAACGCAGAAAUCCCAUGUUCAAAUUUGUAACCACGAUGACAUCCUGGGGCCUUGUCGUGUCCUCUAUCAACAAUAUUGCUGAAAGUGUCCAUGACAGGACCUACUGGCAAUUCCUGAGUGGCAAAACACCUUUGAAUGAAGGAGUUGCCGACUACACCCCCCGCGACCAUGAGCACAUCACGGCCAACUUCACGCAGUACUGA